AUGAUGUCGUAUACACCAUAUUUGUCAUCUGGUCGUGUGGCCUCUUGGGGACUUACGGAAGUUGGAAUGGGACUUGAUUUUGGUGAUAAUGCUCCCUCUGCUUGUGGAUUCUUCUUGCGAAGUGUUGUCAGGCACACCAACGUUGGAGUUGCACUAUUGGACGCAUUGCGUGUCAUGUACACAGGCGGCAGAAGCAUGUCCUCUUGUUGGUCAUUGAUCAUGUACACAAGAAAAAGAAAGUGCGUCCACCAUAAUCGGAUCUGCAGCUCGAAACUCAUGGAGUGA